CCCCUGCCCCCCACGCCCCCUUCCCACACCCCCUCCACGUGCACCUCCUCCAGACCGAAAUCGGUUACAUUCUGUGCUCACUGUAAGUACGACAAACCAUCUGUUCCUUCAGACAUCGAUGUAAGGUACUACUCGGAUCCCGGCCAACCGGACACUCCCAAACAGAAAACUAAGAAGAAACCCAAGGAAGCCAAAAAAGAUUCUACUGACAGCGACCUGAAAUAUUACUCCGAACCGGACGCUAAAUAUUUCGAAAUCGACUACGAAUUUCUAAAGGAACUUAAAAAAAUAGCUCGUAACAACUGUCCCAAAUGCAAACGGAAGCGGCCGAGGAAAAAUGACAAGGACUCGCAUAGAUAUAAAGACAAGAACAGGCUCAAACCGCCUCGACACGUUCGGAUGAAGGAAAACUACGUCCUGUGCAAUGGCAGGUAUCACAGUGAUAUGGAACAUUGCCGGUAUUGCUGCAAAAUAUGUAACCGUUCAACGGACACCCUCGACUCCAUGGAGGACGAGUAUUCCCUCGUAUCGAGGAGUUAUAGUCUUCCAUCUAGCAAAGCUACUAUUAGUUCUCGCUCGAAAUCGACUCCAACGAAUCGUCCGCGAGAAAGAAAGAACUCGGUUCAAUCGAAUAAGUCCGUGUCGUUUCUCGAAUCGAGUAACGAGGAAUCGUUAAAAGACGAGCCGAAUUACACAGCGAGUAGUUUUACAAAUGACCUAAAAAAGUUCCUUCUAAAACCGUCUUCUCCUCGACUCAGCUUGCGCGAGAAGUUCAUCAUCAGUUUCAAACAAGAGUUGGAGGCUACGAAAAGGUCGCCCAAGCUCAAAGCCAUUAAGGGCCUUUGGAAGUCUUAUUGAUGUAUACAUGGCGUAUACCUUUUAUAAUUUUGUGAUUACCGAUAACUUGUAGGACAUUUUUCAAGAUUUUUAUGAGAUCGCGUUAGUAUUCCGGAAACCGUGUCGUCUUUGUAUACUUUUGUACUUUAGUACGAACAUUUUACACGAAGUAUUAAUGCCCCGGUGCGGUCCCGAUCUAAUAUUUCCUUAUCUUGGUGCUUAUUUUUAGGAUUAUAGUCUCGGUUCUUGGUAUAUCGUAUUUUGAGUCAACGUAAGUGUUCAGAAUUGGUCUAAACUUUGUAAUAGCGAUGUAGGUGCUAAAGUGAAAUGCUAUGUGUCGCGCGGACAUAAUUUAGACGUUUCAAACAAACUUUUAACUUAGAGAAUUUAUCUCUAUGUACUAUAUAGUUAAGAGAUUUAGUAGAAAUUUUUUCUCAUCUUAUCAGAAAUAAUUAAAAUAUAUGCCCGAGCGUCAUACUAUAUAACAUCAUCGAAUCAUUUUAAAUUUUAUGUUUUAUAUAUAAAGGUGCCACUGAGAUUAAUACUAUUAAUGUAACUGUCAAUUUUGUAUCGAUUGCAAUAAGUCGGUAAAACAGUUUUAUCCUAAUCCAAACCUAUAACUUUAAAUGGCGAAAACAAUAGAGAAGUUUUUUUUUUUUUUACUCGCAAAAAAGUUCUACGUCUAUCUAGUCUAUGUCCGUCUCAAGAUAUACUCGUUAUAAUUUCUCAAAUAUCGGUGUCAUUUUUAAGGUUAAAUACAUACAUAGACAUUUCAAGGUCGAAUUUUCUGUUGAUUUUUUUCUUUGAAUGCCUCAACAUGUGUCAUUAGUCUUCUUAAUCAAACAUCAUCAUCAUACUUAGAAGGAAUAUAUCAAACAAUAAAAUAUUCAUAUAUUUGAAAGUGUCUUAGAUUAGACUAGUAGACGAUUUAUUAUAAUAGACCCUAACACGUUCUACAUAGGGUUCUUUUUGCAAGGUAGCAUAGGUAUAGACAACGUUGACAGUAGUUUCUUAGGGAUCAAUAGGGAAUAGUUUUGUUAUGUUUAUAGAUAUUUAUAGUAUUAUUGUGUACCUAAAAGGCAUAUAGUAUUGCGUGUUUCGCAAAUUUAGAAAAUGGUAGAUUAUUUGAUAGAUGUUUUUGGAUUACAACGAUUUUUGGACGAUAAUUAAUUAACUUAAUUUUCAGUAAAUAAAAACUAUUCCGCAGAUAUAAACCGUUUAUAGUGAUGUUCGUAUAAUCGGCAAUUAUAAAUAAUUUCGAUUUAUAUAAAAUAUAUAUUUUGCACGAUACAAUGAACUUAUUGUUUAUGUAAUAAAGUAGUACGUAUUUAUUGGAUUGACAUUAUUUAUUAUAUGGAAUGCACAUUGUAAGUCGUUUUUUACACAACACGUAGAGCACCAUUUAUAUGACGAUAUAAUGUCAUCGUUUUGAAACAACAAAACUUAUACACGUCAGUUUUUAGAUUAUUAAUUGCAUAUACAAGUAAUCGUAGGCGUCCAGAGAUUUCGUAAAUAUAAGUAGUGAAUUAAUUGGUUAACGGAAUAAAUAGGGUUGGGAAAAUGAGAAGGACCAAAUUUAUCGAUUCUAUUUUGUCUUCUCUAACCCGUGUUUUACUGUAAAUGUUAGCGAAAAUUAUUUUAAGCGCUUAUUCCGUAAAAUAAAAUUUUGUAAAUGUUAUUUUUUAUCAUUUUAUUUCAUUACGAUUGUUUUUAAAACAUUUGACAAUUGAAGCCUACUUAUAAAGUUUCUAUAUAUAUCAAAUAAUUAUCGUCUUAGUUGUUUAAGUAUAUGAAGAUUUAUGAUAUGUCCACAGAGUAUCAAAAGAUUUAUUAUCGAGCGGUCUGAAAAUAAUCAGCCAGUGUUUUAAAUUUAUCUAUUUAUUUUAAUAUAAAGAGUUAUAAGUUUACGUGUAGUUGUAACAGUGCUAGAGUGCAGUUGGUAAGCGAUCUCAUUGAUAUUCACAUGUGAUGAGGCUUUAUGGAUAUUGAAUUUUUUUUUUAUUAUUUUCAGCACAGUUUAGUAGUUAAGUUUUUUUUGUACAGAGAUUUGAUACAAGUUUAUGUUAUGUUAGCGUUAUUGCUUACGCCGUUAUAACACCUUUACGCUUACUGGAUUCUUGGAAACAAUACAACCGUUGUUCAAAAUGUUUAGGGUGAUAAAACUUCUCUGUAAUAAUUUUUGUAACGUUAAUCGUUAUCGCAGUAACAACCGGAAGCCGUUUUUGUAAGGUAGACACUGACGAAAACGUUAAUUAUGGCAAAAUUUACACAUAACUUUGCCAAAAUUAACCGACACCUAUUAGCCUGUUAGGGAUGACGUGGCUGAGAAGUUGAUAUGUUAAAUUUUUUUGAAUAGAUUUAAAUUGUUAGACGCGCCGUCGGUUUUUACCUUAUUAAACGGCAAAUGAAUUCUUGGUGUGUGAAACAAAUGUUUGUGGCAACAAAAAUGAAAUAGUUCCACAAGCUUUACCGACCUGUUCCUCAAUUUCGAUUCCUAUUAAAACGAUAUUUUAUUAUUAAAACAAUAUGGUGCUACUUUAUUGAUAUAAAUAUUAAAAUAUUUAGUUAUCAGUAUAUUUUUUGGUGAUGUUUAUAAUUCUUAAGUAAUCUUACAGAGAAUUUUUAUCAUUUCCUGUCAUUAUAAAAAUAGUUACCAUAUAAGAAAAAUAUAAAUACAAAUCGUUCGAAGUUGCACAAAAAAAAAAAUCAUACAAUUAAACCGAUAUUUUUUAACCACUCUUAGUUUUAAGUGUACUAUAAUUUGAUCUGAUAUUACCGUUAAGAAAAGUUGCUUAUAUUGUUCGAUUCGAUGUAAAUUAUAAAACUAAAUAAUUAUAUACAAUUAGUAGUUGAAAAUGUAUUUAAAUAAAUUGACAAUAAACAGUAUUGAGAGUAUAAAUGUA